GGAGUCUCUGGGAUCAUCACAGAACUGAAUCCUCCUCAGAUCUGCAGGAGAACUGAGACCAUGGGCUUCUAAACAGAGGAGAGGCAUGAACACAGAGCCAUAAAUUACAGCAGCUGAAAGCAGAAGGAGUUGUCUCUGAGGGGGAAGUUUACUUCUUUUGCUCUGGAUGCUGCGGAGAUGCGCAGAAAGUGACCGGGAUCGUCAUCGCUGCUGCAGUCAACAAGUUAUAAAACGCCAUGAAAGACGACUUUGGAGACGAGGAGGAAGUACAGUCUUUUGGAUACAAGAGGUUCGGGAUCCAGGAGGGCAGCCAAUGCACCAAAUGCAAGAAUGAAUGGGCUCUGAAGACCUCCAUAGCUCUGCUCUACGUGCUGUGUACUCUCCUCACCAUUGCUGUUGCUCUGCUUGGAUAUAAAGUGGUGCAAAAAGUCGACAGUGUGUCUGAAGGUAUUGCAAACUAUGGAGGAAAGAUAAUUGCUGUUGAGACUGAUUUAAAAAAGCUUGAUGAUCAAACCGGGGAGAAGUCAGAGAAUACCACCACGGAGAUCCAGUUUUUUAAGAGCAACAUCUGGACUCUUCAGAGGCGUCUGUCUGCGGUGGAGGAACACGUCCAGCGGGAUCAAGUAAAGCUGAGUCAGUUGCAGAAGACUGGCUCUGACGUUCAGAGCAGCCAGAGCUCCAUUCAGGGACUGCUCAACAGCAACACAGCUGCCUUGCGCUUUGUAAAUGGCACCCUGCAGUCUUAUAGCAGCAUCCUUGAAAGUUUGCAGGAGGACACAGGCAGGCUUCAGAGGGAGCUCCAGAAGCAGGUCAAACUGCAGAACCAGGCACUGCUCAGCAUCAGCAAUCUCAACCUCACUCAGGCCCAGCAGAGAGGCCUCACUGCAGCCCUGCAGCGUUCUGUCGAUGAAACAAGCCGGGCAAUUGAGAAAAUGCGCAGUGAUUAUCAUAACUUGGAGCAGACUGCCAGACAGACUCGCUCUGACACGGAGUGGAUUCAGAGUAAAAUGGAAAACCUGCGGGUCAUGGCCAACAACGCCUCAACUCUAGCUAAAGCCAACAAUGACAGCCUGGAGGAUGUGGGGACGCAGCUCGCUUUCAUGACCAGCCAGCUCCAGAACACCAGCAGCCUAGCUGAGGCUCAGGACCAAACCCUGAGGGAGAUCAUGGAGCGACAGAGGGACUUUCACAACUUCACAUCCACUAAGUUUGACCGGCUGGAGGUGCGGCUGGAUGAGUUAGAGCAAAGUAUGGACCGCGUGACUGGCAACAUCAGCUUCACUACGCAGCUUCUGGGUGCCAUAAACCUUAACCUGAAUGAUUUACGCACUUGUUCUGAGACCGUCGGCCAUCACUCAGACUUCCUGCUGAACCUCAACAGCAGCGUGAUGGAUGCAAGGACAGACGCAGCCAGUCUGAGGUCACAGCAGGAAGAGCUGGCAGCACGUGUGGACAAGGAGGUCACCAGUCUGUCCAUUGUGAUGGAGGAGAUGAAGCUGGUGGAUACCAAGCACUCACAACUAAUAACCAAUUUUACCAUUUUGCAAGGUCCACCUGGUCCCAGAGGUCCUCGAGGGGACAGAGGACUUCAAGGACCAUCUGGUCAGAUGGGCCAAAAAGGAGGAAAGGGAGAAAAGGGAGCUCCAGGGAUAAGAGGACCCAGAGGAGAACCAGGUACUCCAGGACCACCAGGUCUUCCAGGAUUAAAGGGACUCCCUGGUGUGCCUGGAAGCCCUGGGUCCAAAGGCUCCAGGGGGUCAGGAGGCAGGGCAGGACCUCCAGGAGCUAAAGGAGAACCAGGGUCUGCUGGUCUACAUGGAAGAGAUGGACAAACUGGUUCUCAAGGGCCUCAAGGCCCACCGGGAAUCCCUGGACCAAUUGGACCAGCUGGGGAGCAAGGACCAAGAGGACUGCCAGGACCAGCAGGGCCCCCAGGACCUAUGGGACCACCAGGGCUAACAGGAAUCCCAGUACAUAGUCCAGUAGUGGCUUUUGGACAAGUGUCACUGCAGGAGGACACAGUGGCUCCUGCACUGUGGGCCCCAGGGUGCCCUGUUGGGUGGGUGAACUAUAGAAACAAGUGCUACUUCUUUUCCAAAGAUCUGCUCAGUUUUGAUGAUGCAAAGUCAACAUGUGAAUCUAGAUCUGCAUCCUUACUGAUCAUCAGUGACAUGGAGGAACAGACAUGGCUGGAGAAGCAAAUAGUUGGAAAAGGAUACUUUUGGAUGGGUUUGACGGACAAGGAGGAGGAGAACACGUGGCGCUGGGUGGAUGGCACGGAGCCUGCUUUCACAAAGUGGAAGCCUGGACAGCCAGACAACUGGGGUCACUUCCAUGAAGCAGGAGAAGACUGUGCAGCUCUCAUUCACCAAGGAUUAUGGAACGACGCCUUCUGUGAAGACCUCAUAAGCUACAUCUGUGAGAAGGAAAUGGAGACAUCAAGAACAUAGCAGCGUGCUGAAUGAAAGUGCAGUGAGCAGCUAUACUUCGUCUGUGUGGCACUGGUUGACUGACGCAGCACAAGGAUGGUCCAGAGCACAGAGGGAAUAUUGAGACAAGCCCCAAGCUGCAACAUUUUUUGAUGCUGAAUCCUCCAAAGUGGUGAAACCAUUACCAGCAAGUGCAAUACAGCAGGGCAUCCAAGAGGAGUCAUUACCAAGCUGCCAAUGGAUUUUUAUGUAUUUUUUAUGGUUAUAAAAAAAAACUUUUUUAUAAACUGUACUUUUUGUACGAAUAAGUAUCUGAAUGUCUAUUUUACUAGCUGAGUUUUAGGUAAGUAUAAAAAUUAUGAAACCAAAUGAACUUAUUUUGUAUGUUGUCUUAGAGAAAA